CCCGCCCCCCCGGAAGGUUCUACGCACGCGCGGGGGCCAUAUUAGCAGCGGAUACUCGGGAAGCGGUGGUGGUUUUCUUCCCCUAGAGUAACGUGCUCUGUGUAGAUCUUGACUCUUCAGUGUCUUCACUUUGGAAUUAUAUAAAAUUCAGGAAACAUGUCUCGAAGAUAUGACUCCAGGACCACUAUAUUUUCUCCAGAAGGUCGCCUGUACCAAGUUGAAUAUGCCAUGGAAGCCAUUGGACAUGCAGGCACCUGUCUGGGAAUUUUAGCAAAUGAUGGUGUUUUGCUUGCAGCGGAGAGGCGCAACAUCCACAAGCUUCUUGAUGAAGUCUUUUUUUCUGAAAAAAUUUAUAAGCUCAAUGAGGACAUGGCCUGCAGUGUGGCGGGUAUAACUUCCGAUGCUAACGUUCUGACUAAUGAACUGAGACUCAUUGCUCAAAGGUAUUUAUUACAAUAUCAGGAACCAAUUCCUUGUGAGCAGCUGGUUACGGCACUGUGUGAUAUCAAACAAGCUUAUACACAGUUUGGAGGAAAACGUCCCUUUGGUGUUUCCUUACUGUACAUUGGCUGGGAUAAACACUAUGGCUUUCAGCUCUACCAGAGUGACCCGAGUGGGAAUUAUGGCGGCUGGAAAGCCACAUGCAUUGGAAAUAAUAGUGCUGCAGCUGUGUCAAUGUUAAAGCAAGACUACAAAGAAGGAGAAAUGACUUUGAAGUCAGCGCUUGCUUUAGCUAUCAAGGUGCUAAAUAAGACCAUGGAUGUUAGUAAACUUUCUGCGGAAAAAGUGGAAAUUGCCACCCUAACAAGAGAGAAUGGAAAGACAGUCAUCAGAGUUCUCAAACAAAAGGAAGUGGAACAGUUGAUCAAAAAACAUGAGGAGGAGGAAGCUAAAGCUGAGCGUGAGAAGAAAGAAAAAGAACAGAAAGAAAAGGAUAAAUAGAAGAAGACAAAAUCAGGGAUUUUCUAACUCACUGUGGCCACCAAUUUCAGUGUAAAAUCUGUCUGAAUCGUUGCCACUGAGAAAGCUUUGACUCUUGUUGAAACUUGUGCAGUGAGGAGAUAGGACAUACUGAGUUGGGUUCCUGUUGUGUUUGUUCAUUUGGAUACUUUAGUGUAAUGAUGAUAAUUCUCUUCAUGGACUUUUUUUUUUGAAUAAAACUUGGAAGAAUGGAAAUG